AAAGUUGCGUCUUCACCUUUCUUUAGAGUCAACGAGAAAUGAUGAGGGAAGCCGCAGAGCUUGACAUCGAGGACGACGGCGAGAAUUUUACGGUGGUGAUCGGUUCGUACGGCGCAGCCGUUCGACCUGUCUCCGAUGCUGCGGCGGAGAUCCUUGUUCUGUGGACAACCAAUCAACCUUCAGUGCGAAAGCACAAUUCCUUCGUCCGACAAUCCUCACACUCUCUCUCCCUCGAAGCCUGCGGCCAUCUUCUCUCAAUUCUCCAAUCUCCUUCUUCCAUGGGCACGCCGGGGGUGACUGGCGCCGUAAUGUGGGACAGCGGGGUUGUUCUCGCUAACUUUUUGGAACAUGCUGUGGACUCCAAGCGGCUUCUUCUGACGGCGAAGAAUGUAGUUGAGCUCGGCUCUGGAUGCGGCCUUGUCGGCUGUGUGGCAGCUCUUCUUGGUGCUAAUGUCGUUCUUACUGAUCUCCAUGAUCGUCUGAAGCUUCUGAAGAAGAAUGUUGAUCUCAAUGUAGGAGUUUUGGGGAAUGCUCGUGGCUCUGCAAGGGUGUUGGAGCUCACAUGGGGGGAUGAUCUCGGUACAGAGUUCGUCGAGACAUUGCCGGAUUUUGUGUUUGGAUCUGAUGUAAUCUACAGCGAGGAUGCAGUGAAAGAUCUGAUACAUACACUAAGUCAACUUUCUGGGACUCAAACCACAAUAUUUUUGGCCGGAGAGCUCCGAAAUCAUGCUGUGCUGGAGUACUUCCUGGAAGAAGCACUGCAGGAGUUUCAGAUUGGGCAUAUUGAUCAGACACAAUUGCACCCCGAGUUCCGGAGUUAUCGAGUUGUGCUCUUUGUUCUUGUGAAGAAAUCAAACAAGGAAAGCUGAUUAAUAGGCAUUUUCAUGCAUAGCACACAAUUCUAAUUUGUUUACAUAUCUCACACAUAAACUAACAUAUUUACACACAAAGCACUCAAAUAUUUAAGAUCACAUAAAAUAGCACUAUUACCGUUUUUUAAAAAUGAAGUACACCUUUUGAUGCAUAUGUUAAAGCAUUGAAGGGCUAUGUGUUUAAAUAUGAAUGUUUAUGUAUGAGAUAUGUAAAUACAUAAGAAUUGUGUGCUGCUGCGUAUGUAAAUUUCCCUAUUUUAAAUGCCUGCUGGCAUCUGAUGCUGUGCUCACAUGAGUUCUAAUUUUGCUUCUCAAUUGAAGUGGAAACCAUGCUCCACAACAGAAGAAAUAGUAAUGUAAGAUCCUUUUUUAUUUC